AUGGUCCUUGCAAACAAAGAUUGGAACAUUCUUUGCGACGUGGGCGGCGAACCAAUAUCAUUGGAAGAGCUUUUUGCUUUCAACGACAUCGUCUGGGAUUUGCGAUCAUACGGUACCCAGAUUCUAGGCUCAUUUCUCAUCAAAACGCAUGGAGUUCAAGACUCUCCGGUCCACCCCUUCAUGAGAAUCCAUGUUAGAGACAGCCUUGAAGAUGAGUGUCCUCCUGGACCUCGCCAGCUGAGAGCUGUUGUCGAUAAAACUCAUCUGUUCUCUCGAAGCUUGGGGUCCAGGGUUGAUCCUCUUAUCCAAACCAAUGGACGCUUCUGCACAGCUGGACGACGUGGUCGUGCAGAAGCCAUGAUGUCCAGCCUAGGUAUCACCGAAUGGUUCAAAGUCAAACCUAGCGUCGAGAAUAACGACCUAGUAUUGCACAUGUACCCUCUGGAAUUUCUACGUGAGGCGGCUCUCAAGAUCGGUGCCGACUUCUGGCUUGCUUCGAAUGAGUUGCCUUCGCCUUGGAAUUAUUCAAUCCAUUCUCGAGACUGGCUGGAACCAUGUUACCAUUCGAGAACGCGGAAGCCUCGCGUUACAGAAUGCGGUCCGCUGCCCGCCGAGGUACACCGCCAUGUGGUACUGGCAAAUCCAGCUCGAUGGGAACGUGCGCAUACUGCAAGCGGCAACAUUCGGCUCGAAUAA